GUGAAGAAGCUGAAAAUAAGCUGUGCCAAACAGUGCCAAAAUGAAAACCAAAGCAGCAGCAGACGUCUGCCCUCCUCCCUCGCCUCCCCUGCCCUCCAUUAAAGACAAGGACAAGGCCAUCCUCUUCCUCCUUGCAUCCCCAUCCCCAUCUUCCACCCUCCCUUGCUCACUCACCAGUCACCCACACGCACACUCCUGCAGUUUGAAAUCCCUAUUGUAUUGUUUGAGGUAAAAAGCCAAGCAUUGCCCCAACAGCAACAUGUAACAAGCCAAGCUUCACCAUCGCCAUCAGCUACCCAAGUGGGAGUGCAGAUUGAGUGGCCUGUGACUACAGUACUGGCAUCACUUCGCUUCCACUCCUGUCCAGCCCGCCCGCCCGCCAUGCAGUCCGGCUACGGCGGCGUGUCUGAGUUCCAGCAGUUCAUCAUGGACGGCGGCUUCGCCAUGUCCGCGCCUCCGCAGCAGCAGCAGCCGCCCGCCACCGCCCAGGAGAUGGGUGGGCCCUUCAGGUACCAGCCGCUGCACCACCACGCGCUGCCGCCACCGCACCACCACCACCACGCGCAGCACAUGCCGCCGCACUUCGCCCACUUCGGCGCCGCGCCGCCGCCGCCGCCCUUCACGCAGCAGCUGCUGCACCAGGCGGCCGCCGGGGGGCACCACCACCUCCAGCUCUUCCACGAGCAGCAGCACCACCACAAGCCCCAGCCGCCGGCGAGAUGGGCACCGCACCCGCAUCACCACCACCACCACCACCAUCUCGGAUUCGACGUCGAGGCCGCCGUGCCGGAGAGCUCGGGGGCGGCGGGCGGCGGGAGCGCCGGGGCCUCGGCCGGCGCCGCGCCUUCGGGCGUGCCCCCGUUCCUGGCAGCCGCCAUGAACUUCAAGCUGGCGGUCGACGCCGGCGGCGGCAGCGGCGCCACGGAAGGCACCGACGACGGCGGUGGCGCCGCGGGCAGCGGCAUGAUGCUUCACGUUGGCAGCGGUGGGGGCGGCGGCGACGAGGCCGCCACUGAGAGCCGCCUCCGUCGUUGGACCGGCGACGAGGAGACCUCCAUCAAAGAACCCACCUGGCGGCCUCUGGACAUCGACUACUUGCAGAGCUCAAGCAGCAGCAAGAGGACGGGGAAGGAGAAGGUGGCCACGCCGGCUGCCCCCGCCAAUUACUUCAAGAAAGGCGACGCUGCGGCCGCGGGCGGCGGCAACUACAAGCUGUUCAGCGAGCUGGAGGCCAUCUACAAGCCGGGGAGCGGUGGCGCCCAGACGGGCUCCGGCUCCUGCCUCACCGGGGACGACAAUGCCAUCCUCGAGCCGGCCGUGGCCGACCUCCCGGCCGUGGGCCCGCAGCAGCUCAACACGUCGGAGACGUCGGCCGGGGAGGAGGCGGCCGCGGUGGUGCAGCCGCAGCAACAGCCCCAGGCGUCGGCGGACGCGGCGCGGCGCAAGCGGAAGCGGCGGCGGCAGGAGCAGCUGAGCGCGUCGGCGUCCUUCUUCGAGCGGCUGGUGCAGCGGCUGAUGGAGCACCAGGAGAGCCUCCACCGUGGGUUCCUGGAGGCCAUGGAGCGGCGCGAGCGGGAGCGCGCCGCGCGCGACGAGGCGUGGCGGCGGCAGGAGGCCGACAAGUUCGCCCGCGAGGCCGGCGCGCGCGCGCAGGACCGCGCCAGCGCCGCGGCGCGGGAGGCCGCAAUCAUCGCCUACCUGGAGAAGAUCUCGGGCGAGUCCAUCACGCUGCCGGCCCCGCCCGCCGCCGCGGCGUCCGGCGACGACGCCACGGCGGCCGGCAAGGAGCUGGUGCCGUACGACGGCGGGGACGCGACAGCGGCCGAGGGUGGCGGCGGGUCGCUGCACCUCAGCAGCACGUCGCGGUGGCCCAAGCACGAGGUGGAGGCGCUGAUCCGGGUGCGGACGGGACUUGAGGGGCGGUUCCAGGAGCUCGGGCUCAAGGGCCCGCUGUGGGAGGAGGUGAGCGCGCGCAUGGCGGCGGCGGGCUACGGCCGCAACGCCAAGCGAUGCAAGGAAAAGUGGGAGAACAUCAACAAGUACUUCCGCAAGGCCAAGGAGAGCGGCAAGAAGCGGCCGGCGCACGCCAAGACGUGCCCCUACUUCGACGAGCUGGACCGGCUCUACUCCCGGUCGGCCGACGGCGGGGGAGGCGAGGCCAGGCAGCUGGGGAGCUCAGAGCUGCUGGACGCGGUGAUCAAGUACCCCGACGUGCGCUACGGGCCGCCGGUGUUCGGUGGCGGCAAUGCUAAUAAUGAAGGUGGAGAGGACGACGACAGCGACGGGGAGGAGGAGGAGGAGGAGGAGGAGGACGGCAUUGGCAAGGGGAGGGCCGGGGAUGAUCAGGACGACGAGGUGGACAACGAUGAUGAGUAGCUAGCUAACAGUACCCCCACCCCUCGCUCGCAUGCAUGUUUGUUGAACAAAUUUGCUUAGCAAUCUGUUUAAUUUUCUUUCUUGCUUGUUACUAAAUCACUGCUAGCUAGUAGUGGUAGGUGUUAUCGCUAGUGCAUUUCAACACUUGUUAUUAUUUUAGCUAGCACUCCACUGCUUCUGCUUCUAGCUCUGCUGUUAUUAUUAUGUUGUAUACUAUCAUAAGAUACUGCUAAUCUAAUGAACAAAUUAAGUAAGUAAUGGUAUGAUAUAUGUAGAAUGAAUA